CCUCCUGCCCGCGGCUCGGCCCCACACUACGGCGCUAGCUGCCCGGCCGCCGGCGUUGGGCUGCUUUGCUGGCGCGCUUGCCCGGGACUGGCCAGGUUUCGGACGUUCGUCGGUCCGUCGAUCGGGAGAGAAUUUACACACGCGCGGCCCGGAAUGGGGCGGGCCCUGCUGCCGCUACUGCUGUGGUUCUUCCUCCCGGCGUUCUGUAGCGCAGCUGUUGCAGAGGUGAGGGAAGCAACCAAGCCUGACCCACCAUUGCCAGGAGGCCUGCAAGCUGACCACACGCCAUUUUCCCUUCCUCACACCAGUGGGUACCAGCCUGCCUUGACGUCUUCACCACCCCAGCUUGGACGACCGCAUACAGGGAAUGCAGCCCAUCCAGGGGUGACCUCUUCUGGGUCAAAGCUCCUUCCGCCUCUUGCAUUUAAUCAUACAAUUGGCCACAUAAUACUUUCUGAACAUAAAGAUGUCAAGUUCAAUUGCUCCAUCAAUAUACCUAAUAUGUACCAGGACAUUGCAGUUAUUUCUUGGUGGAAAGAUGGGAAGGAGUUGCUUGGGGCACAUCAUGCCAUUAUGCAGUUUUAUUCGGAUGACGAAGUCACAGCAAUAAUCGCCUCCUUCAGCAUAACCAGCGUGCAGCGUUCAGACAACGGCUCAUAUAUCUGUAAGAUGAAAAUAAACAACGAAGAGAUUGUGUCUGACCCCAUCUACAUUGAGGUGCAAGGACUUCCUCACUUUAUUAGACAGCCCGAGAGCAUGAAUGUCACAAGAAACACGGCCUUCAACCUCACCUGUCAAGCUGUGGGCCCUCCUGAGCCUGUCAACAUUUUCUGGGUUCAGAACAGCAGCCGUGUUAAUGAACAGCCAGAAAAGUCCCCCUCUGUUCUGACCGUUCCUGGUCUGACCGAGACAGCAGUCUUCAGUUGUGAGGCCCACAAUGACAAAGGGCUGACCGUGUCCAAGGGUGUGCAGAUCAACAUCAAAGCAAUUCCCUCCCCACCAACUGAAGUCCGUGUCUACAAUAGCACCGCACACAGCGUGCUGAUCUCCUGGGUCCCGGGUUUUGAUGGAUACUCCCCGUUCAGGAAUUGCAGCGUUCAGGUCAAGGAAGUUGAUCCGCUGAGUAAUGGCUCGGUCAUGGUUUUUAACACCUCUGCCUCACCACAUCUGUAUCAAAUCAAGCAGCUGCAAGCUCUGGCUAAUUACAGCAUCGGUGUGUCGUGCAUGAAUGAAAUUGGCUGGUCUGCAAUGAGCCCUUGGAUUCUGGCCAGCACGACUGAAGGAGCUCCCUCAGUAGCACCUUCGAAUGUCACUGUGUUUCUGAAUGAAUCUAGUCAUAAGGUGGAUGUCAGAUGGAUCAAGCCUCCAAUUAAGCGGCAGGAUGGGGAACUGCUGGGCUACCGGAUAUCUCACAUGUGGCAGAGUGCGGACACUUCUAAAGAACUGUCUGAAGAAGUUGGCCAGAAUGGCAGCCGUGCUCAGAUUUCUGUUCAAGUCCACAAUGCCACGUGCACAGUGAGGAUUGCCGCCAUCACCAGGGGGGGAGUCGGGCCUUUCAGUGACCCAGUGAAAAUGUUCAUCCCUGCACACGGUUGGGUAGAUUUUGCCCCCUCGUCCACCCCAGCACCUGGCAACACGGAUCCUGUGCUCAUCAUCCUUGGUUGCUUUUGUGGAUUUGUUUUGAUUGGGUCGAUUUUAUAUAUUUCUCUGAUCAUCAGAAAACGAAUCCAGGAGACAAAGUUUGGGAAUGCCUUCACAGAGGAGGAUUCGGAAUUAGUCGUCAAUUAUAUUGCAAAGAAGUCCUUCUGUCGGCGAGCCAUCGAACUCACCUUGCGUAGCUUGGGAGUCAGUGAGGAACUACAAAAUAAACUGGAAGAUGUUGUGAUUGACAGGAAUCUAUUAAUUCUCGGAAAAAUCCUGGGGGAAGGAGAGUUUGGGUCUGUGAUGGAAGGAAAUCUUAAGCAGCAAGAUGGGACCUCUCAGAAAGUGGCCGUGAAGACCAUGAAGUUGGACAACUUUUCUCAGCGAGAGAUUGAGGAGUUCCUCAGUGAGGCUGCGUGCAUGAAAGACUUCAACCACCCCAACGUCAUCGGACUCCUAGGUGUAUGUAUAGAAAUGAGCUCUCAAGGCAUCCCAAAGCCCAUGGUGAUUUUACCCUUCAUGAAGUACGGGGAUCUGCAUACCUACUUACUCUAUUCCCGACUAGAGACAGGACCCAAGCAUAUUCCUCUGCAGACACUACUGAAGUUCAUGGUGGACAUCGCCCAGGGAAUGGAGUAUCUGAGCAACAGGAAUUUUCUUCAUCGAGAUUUAGCUGCUCGAAACUGCAUGUUACGAGACGAUAUGACCGUCUGUGUCGCGGACUUUGGCCUCUCUAAAAAGAUCUACAGUGGUGAUUACUACCGCCAAGGCCGCAUCGCUAAGAUGCCUGUGAAAUGGAUCGCCAUAGAGAGUCUCGCGGACCGAGUCUACACAAGUAAAAGUGACGUGUGGGCAUUUGGCGUGACCAUGUGGGAAAUAGCAACACGAGGAAUGACUCCCUACCCGGGAGUCCAAAACCACGAAAUGUACGACUAUCUUCUCCACGGCCACAGGCUGAAGCAGCCCGAGGACUGCCUGGAUGAACUGUAUGAAAUAAUGCACUCUUGCUGGAGAGCUGAGCCCUUGGACCGACCUACCUUUUCAGUGUUGAGACUGCAGCUAGAAAAGCUCUUGGAAAGUUUGCCUGAAGUUCAGGACAAAGCUGAGGUCAUUUACAUCAACACACAGUUUCCCGAGAGCUGUGAGGACCCUGGAGAGGGCCCCACACUUGCUCAGCUGGACAUGAAUAUUGAUCUUGACUCUAUCAUUGGCUCUUGUACUCCCAGCGCUGCCGUCAGCGUGGUCACUGCAGAAGUUCACGAGAACAGACCUCAUGAGGAAAGGUACAUCCUGAAUGGGGGCAGUGAAGAAUGGGGAGAUCUGGCUUCUGCUGCCCCGGGAAAGAACUGUGUUUUACCAGAGGACAGACUUGUAAAAAAUGGAGUCUCCUGGUCCCAAUCCAGCACACUGCCCUUGGGGAGCCCAUCACCAGAUGGACUUUUAUUUGCCGACGAUUCCUCAGAAGACUCAGAAGUCCUCAUAUGAGGAGAGCUGAGAGACAUUCCCAACUCAAGGAAAUUCUUCUGUUGUAGGAGAAUCCCUGUACAAUCCAUGUUUUUGAAAUUUGUCUUCCUUUUCCAAUCAAAUGUCAUGGCUCUAAAGCACCAGGUGAAUGUUGUCAAGUAAGUCAUCGUGAAAAAUAUAUAUAUAUUUAUUUAAAGAGAAAAUACAUAUAUAUGUAUAUGCUGCAAAGAGACAAAGAUCUAUUUUAAUAAAAGAUGACUUAUUUCAUGUUGCUUCCCUUGCAGAUCUAAAAUUUACACUUUAACAGCCUCGUCUCUACAGCUCUUCCCUGAUGUUAACAUUUGCACAGAGUCAGUGUUAUUUUUUUAAAGUUGUUUCUUUUUCAUGACCGUUAAUUGUAAAAAUAAUUUGUAAAAUGAAAUGCUGUAUUUUGACUUUGCUUCUGAUCUUAUGAAAAAUCUGAUAUUCUUACAAGAAUCAUCUCUUUGAUAAGAAUGAUUUAUUUAAUAUUUAAAGUUUUAUAACUGAUUAAUUCUUUGAUAGGACUUCCUAAUAAAACAUGAAUGAGAAAGGAUGUGUCGUACUUGACUUGGAAAGACAGUGGUCACUGACCAGCAGCCUCCAUGCCUUUGCGAAAUGAAUUCCCUUAAUGCCUGGCCCUCAAUACAAUCACUGUGACUGAGCUUGGCGUUGUUCUAUCAGGAUGUGGAAAAACCACUCCAGAGUCCAAAGAUGAAGAACAAAGAAUAUUGAAAAGUACAAUCUGGGUGGAAAGAUUUAAAAUAACUUGUAGAAGAGAAUCUGACAGUUGGAGCACUUUUCUGUUUGGGAGUCACAACUUGGCGGGAGGUAGACGUGGGCAGUGGGCAAGGUACACCCUGGCUUAGAACUCAGCCCCUCUGAGUUCACAUCCAGGCUCUGUUGUGUCUCGGCAGCCAUUGCUUCUUGAGCACGUGCUGUGUUUCAAGCACUUUACGUGAACUGCCCUAUUUAAUCUGUAUAUCACUACCAUUGUUUGUGAUAGACAGAUGCCGUCUGUAUAUGUACAAUGCCAUCAUCGUGUAUGGGCCAGGAAACCGAGGCCGGAGUCAUUGAGUAACCUGCUAUGGCCCACAUCUAGAGAGGGAUGCAGCCAGAAUUUCAGAACCAAGUAAUCUGACUCUGGCUGGCUCUGCAUGUGAUUUGGGGGUUUGCUCCAGAGCCUCUCGACCUUUUAAUUUUACCUGAUAAACAGACAGGUAGGGGUGCCUGGGUGGCUCAGUCAGUUAAGUGUCUGCCUUCAGCUCAGGUCAUGA